UAUUGCCUGGUAUACUACUACCAUACGUAAAAGAGUUGGCCAAAGGGAAUGGAAAACGGAGCACGUACUCAAGCUACACCACUGGUCAGCUGCGUGUAUCUAUUCGUCCAUCUCUUUCGAGCUUCGAAAGUGCUCUCUUACCGCGGCCUUCCCUUUCCCCGCUGUCCAGGCUGGUAGCAGCCACCCCCGCGCGCACGUUUCGCCCUUCCUGGUCGCCUCUCUGUCGGGCCGAAAAGCAUCGCUUUGAAGCAGCGAGAGCGCGACUGGCACCCACACCGACUCUGCCCCCGCCCUCCCUUCCCACCCACUUGGCGUUGGUCGCCGGGCUUGCCACCCACCGAUAUACAUCCCGCUCGCUCCGCUCGCCGCGACGACCGCAGACACAAAAACAAUAACAAAUCGAUUCGCGAGGGCAAUGGGAAGGGGUCAACGAGAGGUAGGACGACGAAGAAGAGAGGCAGGGGGAGGGAGAUCGGGGUAGCUCUAUGGAAUAUGGGAUCUGGAGUUUUCACGCCGCGGGUGAACUUUGGGGUGACCCGCGUCUCGCCCGAAGGCACCCGAUUCUACCAUCAAGCGCGACACAGUUGCUGCCGAGGGCCGCGUUCGCCCUGAGCGGACUCCACAGACCGGACAUGGUGCCGUUACCGUUGACUUCCGCCGGGCCGCCGUACGGACCUAUGGAAUUGGUGACGAAAAGGGACGGUGAUCGAGUUGCGGAGGAGAACGAGGAGAAGGAAGAGAAACAGGAUGACGACGAAGGGAACAUCGAUCGAGCCGACGAAAACGAUAAUCAGACCAGCGUACCGAAAGAAAAUGACGACAACGAAGACGCUGGAGACGAAAGCGACACCGGAAGUACGAACAGCUCGCAUCGUUCGGCCAACAAUAAUUUAUCCACGAAGCUGCUCGAUCCCAUGUCCUAUCUGACGUUCGACAAGGAUGGAACGGUUACACCGGUUCUUAAUGGCUGGGUCCUCGGCGCUUAUACCGCCAUGCUUGGAAGACUUUCAGCAGCGACCGCGGCUCUCGAAGCUACAGAAAUCCCGAACAUUCCGUCUGACAGCGACUCCGAGAGCGAGCAUUCGUCUUACACCGAGAAAUCUCGAGGUAGCAGUCCGAACGUAAGCAACGCGCAUCGCGGUUAUUCCUGUGGUUCCUGUGACGUGGUCGCGCCAACGAGGCCAGCUCUGCGAAAGCAUAUCGUCGAUUGUCAUCCACCGGUACCCAGCGCGGAAACUGGAGAAACGAAAAGUUGUCCGUCCUCGGGCUGUGACUUCACCACGAACAGCAGAUGUGAGAUGGAGACUCAUGUAGCUGCACACGUGGCACAGGGUAUGACGCCCACAGGGAAGAAGCGUACUCUGGCUUUGCAACGCGUCAGGUAUAGAUAUGAAAGGGAGGAGUAUCGGUGCUCGUUAUGCUCGUACGCGUGCACCAUCGAGAAAGCGUUCCAGAGGCAUUUGAGGGCACACGCGAAAGGCACGGCGCCGGAAACGAGGGUGAGCUGCGCUGUGUGCGGCGCGGACAGAUCGUCGGAAGUAGAUCUGAGCAGACACAUGAGAAGGCAUCGCGACGACCGAUACUUUUGCUGCGACAUUUGCAUCUUUCGCACGGUACAGUUAAAAAAGCUCAUCCAACACCGACGAAUGCACACGGGCGAGAAGCCACACCUUUGUCCACACUGUGCGUACCGAAGUGCACGCCGUGACAAUCUACGUAGCCACGUUAGACGAGUGCACAAGAAGGAGAAUUUAUAUUGCGACACGUUCAGUCCACGCGGUAUGCUGUUGACACCCACUGUCAUCGGAAGGGACAGUCCUCUGGUGCAGAGCCCGGAAUCCUCGCCGUCGUCCAACUCGGAAUCCACGAACUAGCGAAGCAACACGCGGCAGGAAGCUUGAAGAGGAAGAUGGAAGUUGCGGCCGGGGAUCGAGCGGUUCGUCGUUGUUUUACACGUCCUAACUUUGUCAAUACUGCGACUUAUAGAUUUUAGAAUCGCGGAGGAGAUUUUAAAUUGGCAACGAAGAUCGUGUCAUCGCUGUACGAGCUGCUUGGAAAAUCGACAUGUUUGAUCGUUUUAAAGAUGUUGUAAAAUUAUUAGGAUCGAUACUAUCUUAAAAGUAUGUAAAAGGAGAAUAGAUAGCGUUGGAAUGUAUAAUUUAAUGAAAUUGGAUGAUCGGCAAAGCGUGGAAUUAAUUUAGAUUUAUUUUUGAAAUUUAGUUAAAUUUAGGUGAAAGUGAACGAUAGAGGAAAUUACACGUACGAGGAGCUUUAAAUUGCCGGUAAUAUUUGCAACGCGAGAUUAUGGAUUUCAAGCGAGACUAGCGACGGUGAAAAUAGUCAGAAGUUGUAACAGUAGUUCUGAAAGGUACGAUCAUACGAAUUAUACGCCUACGAUCCUGAUAAUAGACUACAAUAUGAAGUAUACGAAUAAUAAUAAAAAGAAUCAACUGAGGAGAGUAUGCGCAACUUCUGGCUAAUCACGAUCGACCUUGCCCUUAGUACGUAGGUAUUAUGUAGAGAAUUGCAUGCGAACGUCGAUAAUUCAAUCUAGUCUUUGAAUUCUAACGUGAUCUUAUUAUUAGCCGAUUUAAUUAUCAAAGUCUCUUCGUUGAUCAGAACGUUGAUGAACGAAACUAAAGCUGCGCAAUGGUGCUAGAGUCGUAGACUGGAUUAUAGAGGAAGACUGAAGUAGAUGCUUUCACGGUGUGACAUUCGUCCUUUGUUUCCCUUUACGCUGUGAUUUAAAUGUACUUGAAUCAGCGAUUAUUAAGACUGCUGUCCUGAUGGCCAAGAGAUUCUCAUAUUACAGAUCGAUACGUCUUACGAUUAAUCAACGAUUAAAUAAUCCUCGGUAAAAUUCAAACAGAAAGAGACGUGUAAAUUUAGCGAGAACCAAUUUUAUAUGUAAUUAGAUGAAUUUCAUGCGAAGAUCAUAGGUGAGAGACACGAUAAGCGUGCCUUUGUUGAUUUUCUAAUUCUCAUGUCAUUUUAUGAUUUUUCAUAUUUAUGUCGAACGGAAGAACUUUAAUGUGCCAUAGUCGAGAACGAAAACGACCAGUUAGGUACAAAGAUGUAUGUUUUGUAAAAUGAACUAAUAAGUCGGUGAAGUUUCGUGAAAGAUAUAAGUAUUGAGGCAAGCGAUAUUUUAAUAUGAUGUAAAAAUAUUUUGAAGAGGAUGGAAACCGACUUCUUUUUAAAACUGUUCUCUUGCAAAGAGUAGCAAAUGCUACUUAUCAUCUUGCUCACCUAUAGUCCUCGUAGUCGAAGGCGUAAGUCACCGAAUUAAAUUUGUUCAAUGAAUUAAACGUAUCGAUAACACUUAUUUACGUAAUACGAAAUCUCUGGUCUCUGGGAAAGGUGCUAUUUUGCAAAGAUAAUUUUACCGUCGCGUCCUUCCAUAUUUAAGCUUCAACUAUAAUUAUAAUUGUCCAGCCGUCUAAUUACGAUCGUUGACGGUAUCAUUGACAAUGAUAUACAUUGUUAUUCUUAUUAUUACAUAUUAUUACACAUGCUAUUAUUAGCGUUUAGCAUAACACGAACGCGGUACUAUUCUUACGGGGUAAUGGAGAACGCAACGAUAUGUUACUAUGUAAUAGCGUGUAUACGGUGUGUUCGUUAAUUGAGGAAAGAGCAGUCCGUGGUAAAUUUUAUCGAAUUUUUCAUAUAGAUAACGAUAAGUGACGCGAAAGUCUUCUGUUGGCGGUCGAUGAUAUAAUAUACGUUCGCUUUAAAUAACUUAGGUAAAAAGAGAAAAAAGCAAAAAACGAAGAAAAAAUAUGACAACGGCGUUGUUUAACUUUUUCUCGCGUGUUAGAUAAAAGAAAAAAAAAAAUAGCUAAGGAAUCGUACAAGUGUGUGCAUCGAGCACAGAGUGCAGGACUUUCCAACGAAACUACAAUACGCAAGCAAACUUCUUAUGUGUCUCAAGUAUAACUCUUAAGUCGAAAGCUAUAGUAGUUCCAAAUGCAAACUAUUAAACGAUUGUCGUCUGUAAUAAGCAAAUUCACCGACGUUCUCCCGAGAGAGAACAUCGGUUUUACUCUGUCCUCACUUGACGCCUAUGGAAAUUAUUAUUAAAAUAUCGCAAAUUUUUUCUCUCUUUAGGAUCGAACACCGUCCCCGAAAAGAAACGAUUCGAUUUGUCUGUCGUGCAUUUUCUGCGAGGAAAAAAAAAAGCAGAGAAAAGGGGGAGGCGAUAAGGCGAAGCCCAAUAUACAUAUAACAUAAAUGUGUGUCAAUUUUUAAUGUAUCAUAACUACGUUCUAGUCGAUAACGGUUUUUAUGGGGGGGAAGAUAACAAGGCACGGGAAGAGGAUCUAUGCUCCUCGAUGCGCAACGUUAUGGCUGCGAUUAGUACGCUACAUUUUUUCUCGUCCGAGACGGCCAUAUUUUGCGUUUCGCAAAAUAAGAAAAGAACGAAUAAGAAGCGACUGAAUUACGGCGGAGAAAAAUUAUUACGAUCGAUCGAAUCGACAAAGGGAACGAGCAUCGAAUAAUUUCCACUGUCAGAAUUUUAAGUCGUCGAUAAGCUGGAAGGAACGUUCGAAAUUAUUUGCACGAACCACUUUUUCAACCAACGAAACACGUAGCAUUUUGAAAGUUGCUUGUAUCGUUGCUUAAAAUAAUUAGCUCCGUUUGUUUGAAUUCCUCAAUAAAGAAUUCGCAUUACGUAGUUUGGAAUUAUCAUAAACGUGCAAAUCAAAGACCGAGUACGAUCACUCGCUCGUUUCUUCGGUCGUUUUUUAGCUACGACUUUGAUUCUCUGACUAUAAUAAGAUAUUUUAAUAAUCUAUAUACAUGACAAAUUAUAAUUAUAAUUGGAAUUUUCAUGUACAAAGGAACUUCGUUAAAUUUGUUGAUCUUUAUUUCGAGUGGAACGACGUUACCAUUGAUAAUUUUAAUUUCUACAGCGUAAUCGUGAUACUCUGAUUAGUUCAACGUGCAAUUUUCUUGUACACGUCCCAAUUAAUAAGUUUGAAAGCGUAAACGAUACUCGUAGAAUUCGAUCGAUCGUAAGAAGAAUCAUCAACGUCACCCACAGCUGUACACAUUUUCUCCGCCUACUAUGAUACGUGUGUUACGUGUACAGUAUACAAUACUUUCUUGCUUUUUGAUAUACGUAUAUUACAUUCGAAACGAUACUUUAUAUUUGUGAGACGUUUAUUCCAACGGCGUGCGCGGCGAGUUCGCGAUAUCUUUUAUAAAAGCGUAGUAUGAUUUUACACGUAAUAAUUAUGACGCACGUGUGCAACGUGGCUCCCUUGGUCGUACGAAAAGACAAAAAAAGAAAAAACAGAAAAGACAAAAAGAUUAAAAAAAAAAAAAGAAGAAGAAAGAGAGAAAGAGAAAAGGGAACCGAAGAGAUAGAGCUAAGAAAGAUUCGUCGUUUCUUUUGUUCUUUUUUUUUUUCGAACUUUCGUGCAUGCACGCGGAUGCGAUGCUCUGCCCUACGCGUGAUAAUAGUAUUUUUGGUACACGGUCGUGCCACGAUAGCAGCUUCCAACCGGAACGGAUAUCGCGGAACGACGAUUGUUGAUCGUUGGUAUAUCGGUGCGUUGCGUAUUGUAUUUAUAAUGAUAAUUCUAUUUUUGAUAACCGCUCGAUUGAUUAUUCCAUUUUAGAUGUUGAUCGUUCUACGAGGCCGCGUUUAGAAUAAUUUUCAUAGCUUUUAAGAUACGUCGCGGGAACGAGCAACCGAUACGAUCCUUUCCUUUUAUUCGCAUAAGCAUCGUUAUAGAACGACUUGGUCCCAUGGUCCAUGUGAAACGUCUCGGACGUAGAUCAUUUCGAAACGACGAGAGAAGAAGAAGAAGAAGAAGAAAAAAAAGAGGAACAGACAAAAGAGAAAUAACUUUGUCACUUUAUCGCUUUGUAAACGGAUUGCCUUUCGCGAAAUGGACGUAGAGCCUCCUCGAGCCGAACGUGUAACGCGAUUCAUUGGCAUUCUGUAUUUGAGUAUACGGCGGUGCAUAAUACGUACGAAUAUAGCAAAAAGGUCUUUUUAUUAUUAUACAUCGUAUCGUCCAAACGAUCGAUCUCAGGUGCGUCCGAGAUUUAUUCUAAUUAAUUAACUCUAGCAAGCUCAUUGUUCGUAAAUGUCGUGCCAAUAGCAAAGGGAUAAAAGAGGAAGAGAAGGGAGCGCGUGCCAAAAGACGAGAACGAACGAUGGAACGAGAAUGUAGCGUUUUAAGAGGAUACGAAAGAAUUGAGAGAGCGGAGGCUGCGAACCAGUCGGAUCUGCUCGAUCGCGUAUCCCGCUUCUCGAGUUGUUCCUUCGUUCGAGCGAUUCGAGCGAUGAUUAAUCAAUUAGUCGGAUAAUUAACUAUAAACGGAAAUGGAACGGGGAUACCGAGCGAGCAUCUCCGUCUUGUACGGAAUUAUACGAACUAGUUGUUACAAUCUUUUAACUGUUGAAUUUUUGCAGUAGAUGGUAAGUGUCUUAACGUAUACCUUAUAUAAACUACACGAUAAUAUAUUCUAUAUUAAUGUUUCUUAGAUUUACGUACGAACGAUCGUCCGCGAGCUUUCGUCGAUCAUCGUCGUCGUCGAGCACUCAGAAGGCAAUAACUUACGAAUUAGUCUGCAUAAUCGAUUAUUGUACAAACUUUCGAACGAUACAACGCGGACGCGUUGCCGUUGUUCGAAUUCAAAUUUGGACAUUCAGUGGUCGAUGGUUCCAAGCGCGGUGCAAUCCUUGUGAGAAUCGACGAUUUUCCAUGUAAAGCCAUCGGAUCGAUCGAUUCCGGAUACCUUCGAGGAAUUCACACCUACCUAACGAUAUUGUCAUUAUGAUUCGAGAAAUUUGUCAUUGACGUAGAAUCGCGAUAUACGAGAAAAAGAGAAAACAUACAUCGACCAUUACGAUUUGUACGUGUAAUAUAAUGUUCGAAAUUUGGGAGAGAAGAGCGAGAGGAAGACGAAAGCAAAACACGAAGGAACGCAGAGACGAAACGUAAAUAAGACGGAGGAGAUCUCCGUGGAAACGAAACGCAAAUAAAAACGCGGGCAGGUGUUUAAAUUUGUCGAAGGACAUCCGGAUAAAAAAAAAAAAGGUCUUAAACAUUAAUACAAUCUAAAUGUGAUAAUAUAUUUGCUAUAUUGAAUUACGACGUAAUUAUUACAUAUUCUAAUUAUUGAUAACGCGCGAAUCGUACGGCAGAAGCGAGCAAUUUUAAGAAAGUCCGUCUAUCCGUGUGAAUUGUAUGGCGUGUGCAGCAGCAAGGUGAUCGACGAGAUCGGAUUUCUUUUUUUACGUAAAUCGAAUACCGUGCCAAGAGCUUCAGCGUCUAUUACCAUCACGAUCGGCUUGGACAAGUACAAAGUAUUCGGAUAACUUAUUUUUUGAUUAUCGAUGAACGACGGAAAAACGAAGAGAAACCGAUCACGCGACGACGAAAAGAGCAAAAAAAAAAAAAAGAAAAAAGAAAAAGAACGAGCGACUAUGCUCCUUGAAAAAUACCUUAAAAAAAAUAUUGAAAAAUAGAUAUGGCUUGUUCGUACGAAUUAUCGACGAACAUCGAAUUGAAUUAGAACGACGAACGAAAUAAGAAAAGAAGAAGUUAAACGAAGUGAAAUAAAACGAGAAGCACGAGGAAGAAAGAGGAGAAUCGUCGCGUCACCUUUGCCUGCGUUUGCGUUCGAUAGUACACACGGCAAAUCUAACGUUCGGAUUUACGAUUUGCUUCACGAAAUAUAAAUUAAAAAAAAAAAAGACUCUUGCGCUCUACGCAUAUAUAUAUUAUAUAUAUUAUAUAUAAAUGUAUGUGUAUGUGUGUGGGUGUGCCUAAAGAUUUUCUCUUCGGAUCUAUCUAUUUCACUCUGUAUUUACCAUCUCUCUUUGGCCUUCUACUCUCUGUCGCGUUUCCUUGCCAACGUUCUUUCGUUUCUUCUUUUCUUUUUGGGGAAACCAACAGAGAGUGGACCGGUUUGAUUGAUUCUUAACUGACGAUCUAUUAUCGUUCUUUUUCCAAUUAAUGCUCAAUUUUUACAAUAGACGACCUUUCUCUUCUGUACGACUAUCAUCGAUACGAAUAUCAUUUAUUAUUAUUAUUAUUAUUAUUAUUAUAAGGUGGUGUGCUAAGCUAAUCUUACAUCUAUUUGUUGUUUAAUAAAUUGCUCGCACGUUUCACCGAUUAACAGUAAGAUGGAUAAAAAGCGAAGGAACAAGAAGUCGUCAGUUGAGGAUUAAUCGCGUUGUUUAACAAUUGUCUCUCUGUGUUCCGGUUGUACCUAUAAUAUAUAAUAUAUAUAUAUAUAUCCCAUCGAUCGUUCCUCUUGAUAGAUGCAGUCGCGUUGUAACCACGCGCGUGCACGGUGCAUCUGCUUGCGUAGACGGUCGUAAGCGAUCUCGUGUUCCAAAGUAUACGAAUUAUACGUAAGGAAUAUUCGUCGAUGUUUCCGACGACUCGAAGAACCAGAUAAAAGUAACUUAUUGGGAAAAGAGAUAUUUUUACGCUUUGAUGUUUGAACAGAUGUUUCGUUCGAAUAGAAUGUUUAUAAACACGUGACCGUUUUUGCUGUUGUAUCGACAGAUACUCGAUCAGCGUGUCCACGCGAAUAAUUUUCGCCUCAAUUAUCGAGUCGAUAGACCGCAAAGUACGAUCGUCUGUUCCGAUGUGAGAAACAUCUCUCUGGAUGACUAAUCUCGGUGAACAACGGUCAAACGAACUAACGUCGAGACCAUAGAUCGUUUGAGUGAUAUCUUUAGUUUACCAUCUUUCGUUGUGUAUAGCACCCCAGGACGAUACGAUAGUUUUUAUCUGGUUUUAUCUCGUAUACUCGAAGCUACGUCCCUGUUCAGUUGCUAACUUCGUGCGUAUGAAAUUUAACCUUUCUAUCUCGUUCCUAUUUCCACGUUUCAAUCAUCCGUGACGUGCUACCUGUUUCGUAGUAACGCCUCUGCGAUAUAUAAAUUGUUUAUUAUUUUUCUUAAACAAUCCCAAGUACAUGUUAUUCUUCUUGAGUAUUUUUCCGCUGUUAAUACAGUUCUUUGAUAAAUCUGUGUUUCAUAAUCGUAUUGCUGCGUUCGUUACGACAGUCUGAUGAUAUUUAUGAUCAUCGUGAAUGCAAAAUUUGAAAUUCCAAAGUACUGUUAUUUGCCUGGUAUUUAAUACAAACUCAGUCCUCGUCUUUAUGGUUUAAAGUCUCUAACUCGGUGGAUAUUUCCUAUCGUCAAAGAUCAGCCACAAUUUUUUCUCUUCUCUAUAGGCUCGAGUCUACCGUUUAGUCAAUGCAGUGCUGCUAAUUUCAGUGCAAUGCUGCUAAUUUCAAUGCUAUCUACAUAUGUCGACUUUCUGCCUUAGUCCUAUAUUUACCUAAUUCUUCGGUAGUCCUUUUUUCAGCAAUUUCGAUACGAUCCUCUCUGUCUUCUACUAAAUUCCUCCAAUAUCUCUCCGCUAAAGAAUUAUCAACCAGCUUUAUCUCCGCAAUCGUAUCGGAUAACAUAGUUUUUCAAUAGUUCGUAUCAUACGUUAACUUUAUCUUUCGUCCUUUUAUCUUUUGCCACUGUUGCUUCCAUAAUGUUCCCUGGCGUAAAGCGAACAAAAAUGCUGCUUUAGAGAGGAAACGCGAGCAGGCCUAUAUUCGGAAAAUGUGAAAAACCGUAGGCCUAAAUAAAUGGACAACGAAAAAUUGCGAAUUUUAUAUACAGAUAAAUAUUCGUAUUUUAAAUGAGCGAUCACAACGACUUCGAAACGAAUUCUAAAGACGCUAGAAAACACGAGACGCCGAAGCUGUCGAAGCAACAACCCCUUUCGGUGCAUCGCUAACACUUGAACGAUUUCGCGCGACACGCAGUUCGAUCGAGAGGCGUCGCGACGCUGAUCCUUAACACCGUCCCAAAGAUCGUCGACUGUUCGUAACUUUAGAUUAAUACAAUUGAAAUGCGGCCGUCGAUGCGCCUCUCGACGUACGUGCGAAGGUUCGAUGAUGUUCCCUGUGGUCGAACGAUCAUGAAAAUCAGCGUUUAAUUUAUUCGCUCUUUGUUGGAAGAUCAAGAAAGAUUAAAAAAUUUCGAUGGAAUUUUAUGACAGGAUCACGCACGCGAGUCAUAGACUUAUUUCUUAACGUGUUCCGUGCCGCGAAUUAAUUUGAGCGAAACACGUUUUAUCGUCACGAUGUCUAAUUAAUUCUUCGACGAUGUAAUAAAUCGGUGAUCGAUUUUGAACGAACGAUUUUUCCUAGUUUCUUCACCGUCAUGAUUUCUCCAGUCUCUGGUAGACAUACGAAAAAUAUCUAUAGAUUUUCAACUUUCCGUAGAAUAUAUAACGACAUUGCGUGUAACGAUAUUCAAGUUACGAAAUUAAUAAUAUAUUAUUACGCUUUAAUCUUUCUUUGUACGUUUCUUAAGCGCUUUCUAAUUCGAGAAAUCUUGCAAUCUUUCACGCUCCGCGACAAUUGACACGAGCCACGUCGUAAGGAUCGUGUUGACCCUUUCGUUAGGGAGAGUCUUCUUUAUAAUUCUAUAAUUAAGUUUACGAAGAUAUUCGCCACAGGGAACAUUUUCCGCAUAAUUUAACAGCGUGAAUGAGAGAGACACGAUGGACGAACGAUGCACCCGGCACGUAUACGGAUCUCGAAGUCCGUGCACGCGCGUUACUCGCGUACUAGCGCCUCCAGACGUACGUAACGAUCAGUCUUAAGGAUACAAUUAACGAGAAAAGUAAACGAAUAAACUUGUCGUCGCCAUUGUGAUUUAAGGUAGAGGAAUUGACCCGUGGUUGGUCGCUCAACGUGCAACACCGAACCGGCGUUUAUGACUAUUUAGAUAAUUUAAGAUAAAUUGGCCAAUUGAUAUCGACAUCCGGUGUAAUUUCCUUUGGUAAAUUCUGUCGCAUGCAGGAUGCUUUGUGGCGAUAUCGAUAAACAAAAAAAGAAAGUUCGCACGAGACAGUUGGUUUGUCUACCUUCCUCGAAAUCGAUGAUCCAUUUCGCAGUCGAAUCAUUUUUACCCACGUUUAUGUAUUUCUGUGUUUUUAUUAUUAAAAUAUAGUAAAAUAGAAAUAUUAUAUACUUGGUGAAAUGGGUCGAAACGAUAAAACGUAAAUGUCCUUUUUACGAUAUCGAAAUUGCCGCGAUCUUCAAAUUUUGAUGUCGCAAUUUCUGUUUCUUUUCGAGAAGGGAAAACGCUUUUAACAUCCGGAGGACAGCUUUACCACGAUUUCUGUAUAUUUUCCUUCGACUUAAGAAAUCCUUUGCUCGAUAGAAAAGGCGAUCGAAUCCAAUGGGAAAUGAUCCAAAGACUACAGCGAAGUUAACAUCUAUAUUCGACUCUGUCUUCCUCCGUUUCUUCUUUAAAAAUUAUUAGAAUCGUCAGAAAUUUCAUUCGUGCAAAUAUUAUCACAGAAUGGAGCAAAUGGUUUCUUUCUCUUUGACCUACAGAAAAUUUGUUACGCAUCUUCAACCACGAAGCUUCUCGUGCGGUAUCGAUCCAAGUCUCAUCGAUUGAUUCGUAUUUGCGUCGAACUAUUCGUAAUUUUAAUGAUGCACGAUCGCCAGAGAUCGCUGUAUCCUCGUCUUGUUUUAGACGAAAAUGAAGGAGAAGACAAAACGUCGGUCGGUGGUGCUUCGCAUUCGAGGACUCUCGGGCCAAAACGUUUACCUGUUUGUAUUGCCGGAGUCACUAUUUGGCUUUGGCGCGAUAAAGUCUUAAUAAAGGUUUCAUUAAAAUAUUUA